AUGGCUGGGCAGCUUCAGCAACAGCAGAUGAAAACUUCCUUCCUCUUCAUCCAGCUGCGGGCUCCCCCUGCCCCGGCCGUCCCCGCCCAGUCUCCAGCCACUGCAGCCUGCACAGCAGCAGCCCCAGGGGGCCUGGAGGAGGGACACAUUCUCCCAAGUCCCAGGACCGGCUUCUUGGCAGGCUGGGACCUCAGGCGCACACAGGGCUUGGCUGUGUCUCCUUCGAGCCCGCCGCGGGAGGCAGGCCCUGGGACAGAGCGACCAGCUGCUUUUGGUUGCUCUGCUCUGAAGGCAGAGAAGGCGGGGGAGGCAAACCCCCAGGACCCGCGCGUAAGCAGGGGUGGUGUCUGCGGAUCCCCACACCGCAGGCGUCCCCCGGCCCCCGCCUGUAGGAAACUUGGCCGGCCACAGCCCCUGCCAUGCGGGUGUCCUAGCCCCGCUCCCGGCAUGAGCAAUGGAAGCGGCGAUCCCUCCACGGGCUGGAAGCACCAGCCAGUCCCUUCUGCCCCCCAGGACCCGUGGGGCAUGGACCCCCUGUGCAGGGGUGUCUGGGGAUGCUCCAUUCCACGGGCCGCCCUGGACCACGCUGCGGAGGACAGGGAACCGGCCGUGCUGAGGACAGGCGCUGCGACCUGCCAGGUGCUCCCCAGGCGCUGUGAGGAGGACACAGGUACCUCAGUGCGGGCGACACGGGCGCGGCUCUACAGGUACUGCCCUGCCGUCCAGAUCAGCACGGGCUGCCCUGCCUCACCUGCCGCUCUGCCUCUCAAGGUAAGAACGAGCCUGAAUCCCCCAGACCGCAGCCGUCCCACUCGGAGAAAGGGACCCAAGGCGCAGACCUGCCGCCACGGCCCCGGGUCUCCCCUCUGCUUGGCUGGGCCACACCUCGUCUAG